GGGGAAUGCGUUUCUCUCCCGUUUGUUGUGUUGUGUUGUGUGUCUGAGUCAUGACUAACGUCCCAACCUCUCUCAGAUGUUACUCCCUUACCUGCUUCCACAAAGCAGCAAUCACACUCUCACACCCUUGGCGCUUUUCCCUUGUUUCCUUUUGAGCUUUUUCCAGAAACUCUCACAAACAUUCAGACCUCCUUUCUGUAUUGUUUUUGCAGUGAUGGGUGGCAGUGGGGAGAAGAGAGUGAAGGGUUUUCAGGGGAAGAAGGAAGGGUUCCGAGGAGGAGUGCCGAAAGGGUGUUUGGCCAUAAAGGUGGGUCAAGGAGAAGACCAACAACGGUUUGUGGUGCCAGUCAUGUACUUCAAUCACCCACUCUUCAUGCAGCUUCUCAAGGAAGCAGAGGAAGAGUACGGCUUCGAUCAAAAGGGAACCAUAACCAUCCCUUGUCACGUCGAGCAGUUCAGGAACGUUCGAGGCAUCAUCGACAGCGAAAAGUCUCUCCUUCAUAACAAUCACGUUCGCUGCUUCGGCUUCUGACCAACCAACACAGACCUUCUUCACCCUCACUUUAUAAUUUCUUGCAGGUACCGAUGAUUUCGCCUUGUAAAUUCUCCGUUUUGUUUUACUUUCGUUAGUUGAGUGGUGAUGACAGUGUGAUAGAAACGAGACGAGGACGACAACAUAAUGUUACAUCUUGCUGUUGUAGUUACCUUGUUAUAGUUUUGUUAGCAAUCUCAAUGGAAAAGAGAUGCUUUUUCUUUUUCUUAA